AUGUUUUCUGACUUUUUAUUGACCAUUCCAAGGACGAUUCCUCGCAGCGCGCCUAUCGAGGGAUAUGCCAUUGCGCCCAUGAGCUGGACUGGAGCUGUCUUUCCGGGCGGAGAUAACAUGACGUUUCACGGCGAAGUUGAGGUCAUCCUUGACGAGAUUCUAAAGCUUAAUCUCAACUUUACCGCACCUACGCAGGACUACGGUAAGGAGGGUCUAGCUAGACGUGACCUAGAGGCACGCCAUCCGACACGGCUCGCAUGCGACGGUGGCGGCCCGAACGGGAGUCAGGGCCGCCGAACUGGCGCUAAUGUAGCAUGGGCAGAAGCCCAGCGUCUCCGAGGCCUGGGGGGCACGGCUUGCGGCGGUCCAGGACGAUCGUGCGUGCGCAUGGGCUGUACCUCGGGAACGGAAAUCUGGUUGUGUAACGAUAACGAUCAGCAUUACGAUGAUCGCUGCGACUGGACAGGCUACCUGGCCGAGCUGGCCAUUAGUGGCUGCCAAAGGGGCGUGAACAUGUGUAACGAGGUGACGUGCUGGACCAGAUGGGAGGUCAUGGGUGCGCAGUACGACGUGCGCAACUACAACGUCAUGAUUACCCAUGGCCCUGACGAUAAUCGAUGCUAG